GAAGACUACGGCUAUCUGCCCGCAUCGGAUGGACAGUAUCAACGACACAUCUUGUGCACGGCUGCGGAUUAAAGUGAUAGCUGGAACCCAACUAGCGAAAAAGGACAUAUUCGGAGCAAGUGAUCCAUAUGUUCGAAUUGAUCUUAAUACCAUAGAAGGCGAUGAAAACAUAGAUUCAGUGCUGACGAAAACUAAGAAGAAAACCCUUCACCCACAAUGGAACGAAGAGUUUAUAUUUCGGGUUAAGCCCCACGAGCAUAAACUGGUGUUUCAGGUGUUCGACGAAAAUCGCCUUACACGAGAUGAUUUUCUGGGUAUGGUAGAACUUACGCUUGGGCAACUGCCCAAAGAGCAAGAAGGCGUUGAGCUACCAUCAAAAAGAUAUCCGUUACGGCCACGAAGCGCACGUUCCAAAGUACGAGGAUUUUUGGACCUUUACCAUGCGUACAUACAGGAUCAAAACUCCUGUAAUGAGGCCGAUUGGCAAUUGCCAGAAUCUACCCAGCUGGAGGAUACGCUUGAUUGUUCAAAUACAACCUGUAACAAUACUUCCGAAAUCCUGCCAGAAGGCUGGGAGGAACGACAGGAUGCUAACGGUCGUACUUAUUACGUAAACCACUUUGCCCGGUCGACACGAUGGGAGCGACCUACAACGUGGACAUCUGAAGUGACUGCAGAAAACGAUUUGGAUGCUGCGUUUCAGAGACGGGUACACAUCAGCGCAGAUGAUAGUACAUCGGACGGGGAAAACGGCACACAAUGUGGGAUGGUACAUCAAUCAUCGGAGGCUGACCGUUGUUCAUCAAGCCGGUCAUCGAUGGGAAGUGCUAGCAGUCUACGAAUACAACAGCAAGUACGCGGUGACGGUGGAGCAGGAUCGGAAGAUGAAGUGGAUGGAGUUGGUCGCAACACAGAACCUCCAUCCAGUAGUUAUAACAACAACACUAAUAAUAUCAACAUCCCUUCCACAACCAACAACAAUGAGCUGAGCGACGAUAUAUCAUCAACACGUUCUUCGACCUCCAAUGAUAACGAUUCAUCUAGCAGCAGCCCGGCCGGUGGUCCUGUGAUGUUACCCGCAGGCUGGUCGAUGCAGCUCGCCCCGAAUGGGAGAGUCUUUUUUAUUGACCACAACGAACGCAAGACUUCAUGGGUCGAUCCUCGAACGGGGUGUGCAAGUCCGAUGCCGACCAGUAGUACUUACGGCUCUUCGAGGAGUGGGCAGAAACCGGAAGAUGGGCUCGCUCCACUUCCCGAAGGCUGGGAAGAACGCAUACAUACAGAUGGGCGUAUCUUUUUCAUCGAUCACAAUACGCGAACUACACAUUGGGAAGAUCCGCGAUUAUCGAUACCGAACAUAGCGGGUCAAGCUGUACCGUACUCCAGAGACUACAAGCGAAAGUACGAAUAUCUAAAAACACAAUUACGAAAGCCGCAAAAUAUACCGAAUAAAAUAGAGAUCAAGGUACGGCGAGCGUCUAUCCUCGAAGAUUCGUACAGGAUUAUUAAUUCAAUCACCAAGGUCGAUCUGCUUAAAACGAAGCUAUGGAUAGAAUUCGAAGGGGAGGCGGGCCUGGAUUAUGGUGGAUUGGCUCGCGAAUGGUUCUAUCUCCUGUCUAAGGAAAUGUUCAACCCUUACUAUGGUCUGUUCGAGUACUCAGCGAUGGAUAACUAUACGCUGCAAAUAAAUCCUUUCAGCGGGCUUUGUAACGAGGAUCAUCUGCAUUACUUUAGAUUUAUUGGUCGAGUCGCGGGAAUGGCCGUGUACCACGGUAAACUGUUGGAUGCAUUCUUCAUAAGGCCUUUCUACAAGAUGAUGCUGCAAAAAACGAUCGAACUAAGGGAUAUGGAGGCGGUCGACAUGGAGUAUUACAAUUCUCUGCUGUGGAUCAAAGAGAACGAUCCAAGCGAACUAACACUCACGUUCUGUGUGGAUGAGGAAACAUUUGGAUACACGAGUCAGCACGAGCUCAAACCGAACGGUGCCGACAUUGAAGUGUCGAACGAAAAUAAGGAUGAGUAUAUUCGGCUGGUAAUACAGUGGCGCUUUGUCUCACGCGUCCAAGACCAGAUGCAUGCGUUUUUGGAUGGCUUUGGGUCGCUAGUACCGCUCAAUCUAUUGAAGAUUUUCGAUGAGAAUGAGUUAGAACUGCUCAUGUGUGGCAUUCAGAGUAUCGAUGUGAAGGACUGGAAACGAAAUACGCUUUACAAGGGCGAUUACUACCCGAAUCACGUAAUUGUUCAGUGGUUUUGGCGCGCUGUGCUUUCGUUUUCGAGUGAAAUGCGCGCCCGUUUGUUGCAGUUUGUCACCGGCACGUCGCGCGUACCAAUGAAUGGAUUUAAGGAGUUGUACGGUUCCAAUGGACCACAGAUGUUUACUAUCGAAAAAUGGGGUACCCCGGAGAACUAUCCCAGAGCACAUACAUGCUUUAACAGGUUAGAUUUGCCGGCAUACGAGAGCUAUCUGCAACUAAAAGACCGUCUUGUGAAGGCCGUGGAGGGCAGCCAAGGGUUUGCUGGCGUUGACUAAGCAACGCGUUGAGCAACAUAAUCGCAGCUCUCGUAAUCGUCCAAAAAUCGUAGCACUUUCCUCGACCUAAUUACGUGUUCUAGAUGCCAUGUCAUUGGUAAUGGCGCAUUUCACAGAGAAAGGAGCAUCUUGUUUACGAUAAAUUAACUGUACGAGAAAGCCUGCUUUACGCUGUUUGAACUGCAGCAGAUUAUGACAAUCAGUGACGGAAUGGGUAAGUCUAGUGGAAACGCGAGAGCAGUGCCAUUAGAGUUCGGAUGCAAGAUAAACUGCAAGAAAUGCUAUUUAGACUCUGUAUGCAGGAUAAACAGCGUGAUAUUCAAUACCAGCUGCCAAAAGCAACUCUGAAUAGUAGAAAAAUGUUUAAAAGCAUCAUUUGUUUAUAUAUUGUUGUACUAUAAUAUCAAAUCGCUUAUUUUUCUCCGAUCUCCGAAACAGCAACGUGCUUAAGGUGUUUACCAAAACCCACGCAAUUAAUGGAAUCAUAAAAUUCUUGCUUUGUUCUGUUCUUUAUUUAAAAUGGCUAAGAUUUCUAGGAUUAUUUUCAAUUGUUCUUGAUGUCUUCUUCUUAUCCGGUAAUUGCAUCCGUCGAGCAGUUUUCACCUGCAACAGAGACAAUCUUAAUCUCUUUUGCUUUCUGAAACGUUGUGUUUCACUGGUGGGCUUGUUGGCAUCAACGUACCUGUUACGCCGGUCUCGGGAAUCGAACCCAGACCAGCUGCGUGACAUCGACGAGCGUUACCGACCACUCUAUCAAGGAGGGCACUGAUACCUCUUGAUGUGACAAGAUGGCAAGAUUUUACGAUGCCAAACUAUAGUACCUUUACGCGUUUGUUUGACAUUCGCGGUGUCCAUACUCCUUCUCUUUUCCUCUAGGCUUUGCAGUUAUAUAUCUCUUUGGUGGCAAUACGUCCAUUUGAACCCACACGAGAGCGUAAAGCUAUUUCCAAGUACUAUAAGCAUUUACACAGGGUGUUCCAUUAAGACUUAGAGAUUGAAAUGUUAUAUAACUCCGCCAUUUGUUAGUCGAUUUUAACAAAUGAACAAGAUUUAUUUAGGGUAUAGAAUGCGGUUUAUUGACAAUUCACUCAAAAUACAAUAUCGAUGAAAUGACCGCCUCCAUUAGACACACAAAAAGCGAUUCUUUUUUUUGGGCAUUUUUCAUUGUUUUUGACAACAUUUCGGUCGUAAUAGCAGCACCUCUUCACAGUCUUCACCUUCAGCUGCCUUACUCUUCAAAUAGCCCCACAGAAAGAAGUUCGAAGAAAUUGCGCAACAAUAAGCACGCACAGUUUUCACAGUGGUCCAAAUAGAAUGAUUAUUUCCAAUGUACAGCGCUUCAAUUUCAGUCCGUUGUUUUACCGUAAAUUGAUCCAUGAUUAAAAUAACAUACAUUGACGUUUUAGAAUUGGACUGAUUUAUCAAUAUCAACGAAAAAAUUGCGAAGUUAUUUGACAUUUCAAUCUCUAAGUCUUAAUGGAACACCCUAUACAAAGACAAAGCAAGCUGUUACAAAUGUUGCUAUUAAAAAAAUAUUAGAACUCUAUUGUUAGUUAGAACAUAAAUAUGAAAUUCUAAAGCUGUCGUUUACAGGUAGUAAAACAGGUAGCGGCUCCAUAUACUUGUUAUACUUGUUUACUAUCACGAAGCGGCUGAACGACUAAUUAGUUUGAAAUGCUGUACACGUUACAGUGUAGAAGACAUGAGUGGAAAAGUUAAAGUUAGCACAACAGUUGGUAGAUACAACAAAUGUAUUUGGUUUGGAUAUGAGAUGGACGGUGCGCUCUCGUGGCAGCUUGGCUGUUAACUUAUUCUACUAGCGUGUACAUAAAUAGCACUUUGCCGAGCUGUACUAGCACUCAUGUUCAACCAUUUAGUAUCCUUCUUCACAUUUAACAUACUUACAAAUAGUUUUUAUCGCUUAACGAGUAAUAUGAGAUAAAAAAGCAAUUAUAACUUGGUAGAAAAAAAGGCGUUAGAAGCCUCGUAUACAUCUACGGAGAAAGGGAAAGUAUCAAAGUAAUUUGAUCUGCAGAAGAAACUGUGACCAAGUGUCUUCGGUGAAACUGGCUUCGAUUAAUGUUGAACCGAUGUUAGUUAAUGUUGAAUCGAUGCAAUUUUAGUUGUUCGAAGAAAAGAAAAUUAUUCGAAGAGAAAAUUUGAAGCAAAUCCAAUGGUUUACAUAUUCAUAUUCAAGUUAAUUUAUACAACGUAAGCACUUUUUGUGAAACCAUGUCAAUUGGGAAAGUUGGUCGGUGAAGUUAACUACGUUUGAAGUUACAAGUUUAUUAAACUAAGAUGCGAUAUUUUGACUAUGUGUAGUAAAGUAUGAGUUUAGGAGAGCUAUUGGAAAGAAAGCAAAUCGCGCAUAAACCGCUACACACAUAAACCACAUGAUGAUGAUAUUAUCAUCAUCUUUCCAACACACAUCCAACACGGGCUCCAACGUGCAGAAAAACAAUCUAUCCCUGCAAACAAUCUUACCUCGCAACAUUUACACCUACUGUUGGUCCUUAGUCGGCUGAAGAAGGAGUGGAGUGGAGAAGAUUUACUAAAUCUUAAAAUUAGUCGCUUACUAGCACCGCUGCACCUUGCGUACAUAAAGUCCUGGGCUGCUGAAUCAGUUAAAUAAUGGAAAU